GUGCGGAGAAACGCAAGCGCAUCUCGUCGCCGCCAUCGUCAUCGUCUUCCAGUAGGUCGGGUGCUCCAGAUCCGAAGAGAAAAAGGUACCCAUUGCAUAUCCAUUGUGGUUUCUAUGAUUGUAGAAAUCGUCCAGAUCUAGGGUUUAAGGUAACGCCAACACACAUUCGAUGCUUGUAGGCUUCAUUGACCACUCGGUAUUGUCUUGAUAAUUGCUAUUGACAGUGACAAAAUUUGAUUGUGGUACAAGCUUUGUUGUUGUACGAAUGGAUGUGUAUUCACAAAUACUUGGCGACUGGUUUUCACACACUAAAUCAUCAUCACUAGGUUUUGUCUUCAUAAUUGAUGUUCACAUUAAGCAAAUUUGAUUCUGCUAGAAGCUAUGUUGUUCUACGAAACGUUGUGUAUUCACAAUGAGUUGGCGAAUGGUUUUCACACACUAAAUGAUGACCACUAGGUUCUGUCUUCAUUAUCCAAUUUGACAGUCACAACAUUUCAUUGCGAUGUGUAUUGACAAAUACAUGGCGACUGGUCUUCAUAACCAUUUUGACACACUCAAUCAUCACAAAUACACCUGUUGUUUUCCACUACAUUAUACAGUAAUGUUCAUCAUUAUUUGAACUGCCUAUUGGCAAUAGUAGCUGGUAUGGACUAUAUUUACCAUUAUAAUUUAUGAACUAGGCCACAGUAUACAUAAAAUUUUGACGUACAUAUAUUAACAGAACCAUAUGUUUUAUGUAGACCAUGGAUUCGGAGAACGCAAAGCUCCGAAGAGCACUCGCUCAUUUAAUCAGAGUAGUGGAGGAGCGUUGUGCCGACAUCGUCGAUGUCGUCCACGGUGCCUUCCAACCAGUUAGCGGACCAGUCCUCAAUGAAAUGAAUCGUGCAUUAGUUCAGAUCGAGGACCUCGCCAACGACCUUGAUCAGCUUGCACUGGAAAAAAGACUGGGAGAUGGAGCACAUGGCCCCUUCACCAAUUGCUGAAUCAUCACUAACAGAGGAUGAGCUUCUGAUUGAUUAUGAUUCAGAGUUGAACAAUGACGAUAUCGUCGGCUACGACGACGGCCGUGACUACUCCACCGACGACACCUAUCCCUACUAGAUUAGCAAGCACCUAAGGAAAUAUGUGUAUGUGUUAGGUUUAUGUAUGUCGUAGUAGUCUUUUGUAUGUGAACACAACAGAUGUGUGGCACAAGUUCCUGCUUUAGUUGAUGCCGUGUUUAUGUUUGUCGAUACCUAUCUUUGGUAAUGCUUAAUGUUAUGAACUUUCCAAUAUAUGUAGUCUUCAGCACUUGUGACUUUGUUGUGCCUGUCCUGUUUACAGUCUCAUGGUUUCUAUUCAUUUCAUAUGGUUGCCUCAAAUGUACUACACUUAUUUAGUUGAAUCUGUUGUAUUUUUUGUGUGAGUACCUUCAUUGUACAGCAUGGGUACGGACUGGAACCAAGUUAUGGCACAAUAUGGAACUUACCUAUCCGAGGAUGAUGGCACUCAGUUUCAGAACACUGCAUUUGCUCCUCCGCCUGAGAUACCAGCCCAGGGCUCACCAGCACCACCUCCAGUGAAGAAGGCUCCUCAACGCACAAAGCUAGCAAAUUUCACGUCUGAAGAGGAUAUGAGGGUUUGUCAAGCUUGGUUGGCUGUGAGUUGUGAUCCCAUUGUCAACACUGGUCAGAAGCGUCAAGGAUUUUGGAAUCGGAUUACAGAGGCAUACAACUCUCGCAGAGGAUCAAUGCCAGAGAGGUCUACAAAAUCUCUCAUGAGCAGGUGGGACAGUAUCAAAACUCAAUGUUCUACAUUUGCUGGAUACAUGAUGGCUGUGCUUCGACAAAACCCAAGUGGCAUGACUGAUGCAGAUAAGACAUCUCUUGCGGCUACUCGGUUUGCUGCUGUUGAAAAGAAGCCCUUCCAUUUCUUACAUUGUUGGUCCAUAUUGAAGGAUCAACCAAAAUGGAUGGACCAGCACAUGGGUAACCAAAAUCCUCCACCCAACCCAAUUGGUACCCAAUCAAAUACUAUUGACUUAGAUGCUGGUGAAGACUCAGCUCCAUCAAGUUUUACUUCGAAGAGACCGCUUGGUCGUGAUUCAGCCAAGGAAAAGGCAAAGAAGCAAAGAUCAGAGAACACAUCAUCCACUGAUUCGGAGUACCUAACACGGAUGGGUCAGCUUUCUUUGGAACGGUUAUCUGUGUACAAAUUAGUAGCUUCAACUAAGGAGAAGAAGUUGGAGUUCAUGAAGAAACAAGAGAGGCAGAAACUGAUAUUGGAGAGGAAGAAGCUUAAUUUAGAGAAGAUGAAGAUGGAACGACAAAAGGUGAAGGAGGAGAUGGAACAGGAGGUUCUCAUAUUGAGCAUGGAUUUGACAAAAUGUAACCCCCUCCUUCGACAGUACUACGAGGCGAAACAACAGGAGAUUCUGGCAAGGGUUACUGGAAGCUCGUCGUCAAGCAAGUGAAUGUUCAUGAAGACAUUGCAGUGCUUGAGGAAGUAUUGUUAGUUGUUUUUGAGAACAAGUUUAUUUUCUGCACUUGUGCACUUGACAUUUUCCUGUUGUGUGAUGGUUUCGAGAACAAGUUUAUGUUUGUGCACUUGACAAUUUUCUGAGAAUCGAGAACAAGUUUUAUGUUUCUGCA